AUGGAAGUUGUUGACCAUCUCAUGGGAGACAAAGAGCAACAGCUGAGGGUGGUAUCGAUCCAUGGAUUUGGAGGCCUUGGCAAGACCACACUUGCUAAUGAGGUGUAUCAUGAGCUUCGGGGGAGAUUUGAGUGCCAUGCUUUCGUGUAUGCUGGCCGUAACCAGCACAUACGGACCACUCUGUUGGAAAUGUUGUCUCAAGUCAGCGACGGGCAACCUGCAGGCUUGGAAUCAAUGGAGGAGCAGCAAGUCAUCAAACAACUAAGAGAAUCCCUCGAAAAAAAGAGGUACUUGAUUGUCAUUGAUGAUAUAUGUAUGCCAUCGGUCUGGAAAGUUAUCAAGUGCGCUUUGCGUGAUGGUAUGCAUGGAAGCAAGAUAAUUACAACAACCCGCAUUCACGACGUGGCCAAAUUAUGUUGCAACCGUCCAACUGAUACUAUCUAUCCGAUGGGUCAACUUGGUGAGGUUGACUCCAAAAAACUGCUAUCGAGCAGGAUAUUUGAUUUGGAAAGAAAACCACCAUCUGAUUCGGACGGUUUUCUGAACGACAUGUCCAAAAUAUGCGAUGGCGUACCACUAGCCAUUGCUGUCAUGGCUGGAUUAUUAUCCAGGAAGUUUUUGGAAUUGGCAGAUUGGAAGAAGGUUGAGGAGUAUGUUAUGUCAGGGCUGAAGCAGUACUCCAUGCUGCAAGGGAUAAGAAAGAUACUAUACCUUAGUUAUUCGGACCUUGCAUUGCCACUGAAGACUUGCUUGCUGUAUCUGAGUAUCUUUCCCAAGUAUUAUGAGAUCAAGAAGGGACGCCUGAUAUGGAGAUGGUGUGCCGAAGGAUUCAUCCCAGCAGGCGAAGCAAGUGCUUGGAAAAGGGGAGAAAGCUACUUCAACGCCCUCAUCAACACGAGGCUAAUUCAACCGGUGUUUGGCCACAACGACGACCAGCCUGUGGGAUGCACUGUCCACGGCGUGAUCCUUGAAUUCAUCGCGUCCCUGUCGAGCAAAGAGAACUUCGUCACGACGGACGCUGAAUUGGUUCUCGCUGCACCGCGAGACGCGAUCCGCCGACUCUCCCUCAGCAGCAAUCAGGACGAUGACAUCCUCAAGUCAGAAGCAGACAGUAUGAACCUGUAUCAAGUCCGGUCCCUUACCCUCUUCAGGAUCGCCAAGUGGAUGGAACCUCACCUCAUAGAUUUCCAGUUGCUACGGGUGCUGGAUCUGGAAGACGUGGAAGGCCUGAAAGAUGAACAUCUUGCUGCUGGGUUAGGCAGGCUGUUCCUUCUCAAGUAUCUGGGUCUUGGCGGAGAAGGUGUCACUGUGCUCCCAAAAGAUGUUGAUGAACUCCAACACAUGGAAACCUUGGACGUUAGACGGACCAGUGUGAAGAACCUUUCUGCAGCAAACAAGCUACCAAAGCUAGCCAGCCUGCUCGCCACGGACGCCAAUGUGUUGCCAGCAGAAGUUGAUAAGAUGCACGAGCUGCAGGAAUUCUCCAUGGUCAGCAUCGGGGACCAAAACUCACUGGAAUGCUUGGCUAAGCUUGCCAAGCUGAAGAGGCUCAGGACUCUCGGGGUGAAGUGGUGUUUCGCGGAUGAUAAUGGCAGCACAGAAGCUCAGAGGAAGAGCUUCGUGACCUCCCUGGGCGAGCUUGGCCUGUCGAGCUCAUCUGGAAUCCCCACCUUUGAGUCCUUGUUCCUCGAUGCUGCUGGCGGUACAAGUUCCCUGGAUUUUCUGGUGAAGUCUUGGGUGCCUCCGCGUGCUCUUCAGAAGUUCAUGAUGACGAGCCCAAACUGCUACUUGAGUGGAGUUCCAGCAAACAUGGCACUGGACACCAGCUCGAGCAUCACCCACCUAGAGAUCGCCAUUGCUCAACUCGGAGACGAGGGUCUCAAGGUCCUGGGCGAGCUGCCGCUUCUGGUGUUCCUCAAGCUUCGCUGCCUACUGACCACAGAGAACUCGCUGACCAUCACGGCCGACAAGUUCCGCAGCCUUCAGGUGUUCAGCUUUGAGUGCCAGGACGGCGGCCUGGGAUUUGGCUUCGGAGAAGGUGCGAUGGCACAGCUUCGAAAGCUUCGGCUCUACUUCAAGGCUGGGGAGGAGAGCAGGCUUCAGGGAGUCGGCCAUCUCUCAGUUUCUUAUCUUUGCCAAGUCCACACCACCGUCUACUGUGCAGGCGCUGGAGAUUCUUCCUUCAAGGAUGCAGAGAAAACCAUCACAGAACUGCUAUCCAACCACCCCAAGGAACCCACCUUGGAAAUCACCAAGCAUUAG